GGUGCGCAGUGCUCGAGCCAACUAGCUCUCCCGCUGUACUGUUUCACCUCUUCAACGGAAGCAUGUGUGGCGUAGGGACGAUCCCUCUCUUGGGCGCGGGCUGGUUCCCGGGCGUGUGUUUGGUGGGAGGAGAGAUCGACGACAGCGCUAUCGAUCACCUGCGGCGAAACGCCCAGUCCUUGAGGCGGUCGCCCGCUGGCCGAGCAGGGGCUGCCGGUGGUGCCUGCGCGUGGGAUGCUCAGUCACUGCCUCUUCGCGAUGGCUCGGUGGACGCGAUGGUCGUUGACAUGCCGUUCGGUCAGUCUUGCGGCACCCCGAGACAGAACGCAAGGCUCUACCCUUUGGUGAUGGCCGAGAUGGCGAGGGUCCUGCGUCCUUCCGGGCGUGCCGUGCUGCUCGUGACGCAGCCCCAUCUCCUUGGAGUGUCGGGACUGCGGCGAGAUAACCAAAAGGACAGGAAGAAGUUGCGGAAGAUGGCGACACAAGAGAGCAGGGUCGGCGAUCGGGGGCAUCAUGACCUCGGCGGGGUUAUCGAGGGGAGAGCAGCACCAGAAGAGAUCGGGUUGGGCGAGAGGUACGGGGAGAGUACAUCCCAACAAGCCGGUAGUAUCAAUAGCAGCAGCGAUGGAGGCAUGAGCAAAGAUGUUGCCGGCACAAUGGGUCACGGGGUAGAGAACGUCACCAAGCGAGAGAAAGAAGACGUUGACCCAAGCGAUUCCGGAGACCGGGCGUCACCGGCGCCAGAAAAGGGAAAACAUGGUUGUCCUCUGGGUGACAGCGAGAGAGGCGGAGCAGCUGCUGCACCAGGAGCUCUGUGGCGCAUCAGGGCUCGGCAUGCGGUGAACGUCGGGGGUUUGAUUUCCCACCUGCUGCUUUUGGACCGGACAGACGAGCCUCCGCGCUCGCCGCGCGUAGACCGACGGUACCGUGUGGUCGGGGCGAAGGCUUACUGCAAGCGGCAUCAUGAAGGGGGUGCUGUGUCGUCAUGAUGGCCAUGACCAACGGCCGAGCAAAUUUGUAGGCAAAAUGCUGCAUGGUGCCGAUGGUAUUGAUUGGGUUGCUAUGGAGGAACGCGGCGUACGGUUGUUAUUUGCCUUGUGCGACAGAGUAGAAGAGACGCGAUUCCUGAUUGUUUUGGGCGCUGUAUUCACCAGCAGCCAGAGUUUUCUCCUCUGUGUAUCGUACAACGUAUCCCCAUGGUGUUGCAGCUACUGAAAAACCCAGAUACCAUAUCCCGGGCUGGUGGUGGGUGAGAACGAAACCAAUUUGCCCAUGUGACGACGAUCUGACAUUGCGCUUAAAGCUCAUGCGAAGCAUCGUAGACGAAUGGGUGAAGGGUGCGAGUCAACCUUAAACAGAAUGGCCGUUAUCCGGUGCAACAAAACAAUGUUCACCGCAACGCUUGCGGCGUUAUCUCUCUCCUUGCCGAAUCGACAAAACAAAAGAAACACCACCAACGAGGUUAGCUACUAACCUCACCUGCCAACACGAAGACGAGUAAAAGAAAACGAAGAAAUGCUCCACAGAACCACCGAUCCACCGAGUCUACUGAUGAAACCAACACUAUCUUAGGUUAUGUCAGAAGUGACCGAGCGACUGUGAAACGAGAUGGCGAAGCCACAAACAAAUCUCGUUUCACAGCUUCUUUCUCCUCCUUACCUACAAUAACAAACUUACCCUAAGGCUUAAAAAACAUUCCUUCCAGCGCCAUGCCUAGCUUCCGUAUCCAACCACCUGCACACUGUUUUGUACCACAGCACUUGCUCCUUUGCCCCCACUAUAAAAUUACGAAAUACAACACUGCCAACACGUGAUACCCUUCCCUAUUCGCUCGCUCCCCCC